UCUGGUGCUAAUAAGCAUUCGCUUUCAACGUCCUAAUUAUUUGUCGUUGCUUAAGAUUCUUUAAUAAGUGGUUUGCCUUUGUGGCGUUGCCAAAUGAGGCGCACCAGCCGCACCCCAUUUGGCGUGUCGAGUUGACUAGCCAAGGGUGGACGCUAACAAGGGACAUUUAGUUGUGACACUUUUUGAGUGUUAAUUUAAAACUAUUAACUAUUCUGUUGUGUUGAAACUUGUCAUUGAUGCAUGUCCAGUAUUCGUCGCCGGUGAUUAAAAUGGAUGAAUGGGAUGAGGGAACCACCUGUGCUACUACACUUCCCAGCAACACCUUCACUGAGGGUCGUGGAGGAAGAGGAAGAGGCAGAGGAAGAGGAUUUAACAACUCAUUCUUCUCAGGUGAUAAUGAGAAUGGACACGAUGGGGGCAAUUGGAAAAGCACAAGAGAAGAAAGCAUUUUUGCAGAAAAAGGAAGCAGAGGCAGGAGUGGGGGUUUUACUGAAACGGAGGAAAAUGCAUUCGGUGGGUUUAGAGGAAGAGGCAGAGGAGGAAGAGGUGGCAGAAGAGGCUCUAGACAAGGUGGCGACCAGGGUGGCAGAGGAGGCUUUGGAGGAGGCUACCGUGGAAAAGAUGAAGAGGUUUUCUUUCAAGGUGACGAUAAAGGGCCACAAAACAAUGAUGGAAAUGAUGGUGGCAGACCCAAAGUCACAUAUGUUCCCCCAAGCCUGCCCGAAGACGAGGACAGCAUAUUUUCCCACUACGAGACGGGCAUCAACUUUGAGAAGUAUGACGACAUAUUGGUGGAUGUCAGUGGCACCAACCCACCGCAGGCAGUCAUGACAUUUGAGGAGGCAACAUUGUGUGAUUCCCUGAGAAAAAAUAUCUCAAAGGCUGGCUAUGUGAAGCCGACCCCUGUGCAGAAGCACGGCAUCCCCAUCAUCUCUGCUGGCAGAGAUCUCAUGGCUUGUGCUCAGACUGGAUCUGGUAAAACGGCCGCAUUCCUUCUCCCAAUUCUGCAGCAACUGAUGGCAGACGGUGUGGCAGCCAGUUCCUUCAGCGAGAUUCAGGAGCCUGAAGUCAUCAUUGUGGCCCCAACCAGGGAGCUCAUCAACCAGAUUUACCUGGAGGCCAGGAAGUUUUCCUAUGGGACGUGUGUGCGCUCAGUCGUGGUUUAUGGUGGAGUCAACACCUCGUACCAAAUUAGAGAAAUCUCAAAGGGGUGCAACGUGCUGUGUGGGACACCAGGACGUCUUUUGGACGUUAUUGGAAGAGGAAAGAUUGGGUUGGAAAAAUUGCGGUACUUGGUGCUGGAUGAGGCAGACCGGAUGCUGGAUAUGGGUUUCGAACCUGACAUGCGCCGUCUGGUGGGCUCCCCUGGAAUGCCACCCAAGGAAAAGCGUCAAACUCUGAUGUUCAGUGCCACCUACCCCGAAGACAUCCAGAGGAUGGCAGGAGACUUCCUCAAGGCUGAUUAUCUGUUCUUGGCCGUGGGCAUUGUGGGUGGAGCUUGCAGUGAUGUGGAGCAGACAUUCAUUCAAGUGACUAAGUUCUCCAAGAGGGACCAGCUCCUUGACCUCCUCAAGACCACAGGAGCUGAGCGCACCAUGGUGUUUGUGGAGACCAAGAGACAAGCGGAUUUUAUUGCCACGUUCUUGUGUCAGGAGAAAGUUUCAACCACCAGCAUUCAUGGCGACCGUGAACAACGGGAGCGAGAGCAGGCCCUGGCAGACUUCCGCUCCGGCAGAUGCCCAGUGCUUGUGGCAACCUCUGUAGCUGCCCGUGGUCUGGAUAUUCCAGAUGUUCAGCAUGUGGUCAACUUUGACCUCCCAAACAACAUAGAUGAAUAUGUCCACCGCAUCGGGAGAACUGGCCGCUGUGGUAACACUGGGAGGGCAGUGUCUUUCUACAAUCACGAUGCUGAUGGUCAGUUGGCUCGCUCCUUGGUCACAAUCCUGUCCAAGGCCCAGCAGGAGGUGCCCAAAUGGUUGGAGGAAUUUGCGUUCAGCAGCCAUGCUACCACUGGUUUCAACACCUAUGGAAAGACUUUUGCCUCCACAGACUCCAGGAAGGGUCAACAGGCAGGCUCUUUCCGAGACAAUGGUGAGAAGAGUCAGCCAGCAGCACCAGCUGCAGCUGACGAUGAAGAAUGGGAAUAGGCUGAAUGUUAGCCAUGUAAACACAAAGUGUUUUUUUUUUUUGUUGUUGUUGUUGUUUUUCCUUUUAAGGCACUCAGCUGUUUUAUCAGUGUUUUUGUUUGAAUGAAAAGAUACAAUGUCAGGCUGGGCAAAGUUAAAAUGUCAGCUUUAUCAAUCUUUAUUGACACACAUGUCAGAUUUGUUUUUGUUUUAAAUAUACCUUCAAUAAGUAUAGUAAUUGUCUAAACUCAUUGUUUAUGAGGAUAAAGUUCACAAUAAAUCAUUGUUCAAA